AUGGAUACCAAUUUAGAUGAUUCUCUGAAUUUAGACAGCACAAUGCAAGUGGAUUUUGAACAACCUGAGGAGACAGUAUGCCACCAAGAUGAUAUUAUCCUUGAUCAAGAGGAUAUUCCCAUGGAGUUUGUGUAUGAAGAGAAGCAAAUGCUUAUGGAUACAACUGGAGAAGAAAUUAUAAUUUCUGACUUCAUAGGAGGCCAAUUUAAUUUACAAGACUUACAGAAUCAUCAAAGUGAAUUAACUACUUUAAAUCAAGUUCAGGACAAUUAUAAUUUAACAACACAGUCGGAUACUAUGUUGGAUUUGCAAUUGAAUCAACCAAUUAUUACCACACUGCCAGAACAACUACAGAAGAAUAUUGUUAUAACAACUGUGCAGUCAUCACCACGCAAGAAAGCUGAAUCUCUACCAAAGCCAGUUGCAAUUGCGCCCAAACCUUCAAUGGCCAAACUUGUUAAUAUAGUACCAAAGCCCAUGACAUUAGUCUCGAACAAGAAUAUCAAUAAAACUCAAACAAUAGGAUCUCUUCCAGGUUCUACUAAAGGAACUUUUUUAGCUCAAAUUGGCAAGCAGAUUCUAAUGAUGCCAUCAAAUACUCAAAAGGUUAAACUAAUCAGCGGAAGUCAAGCAAAUUCCAGUCAGGUUCAAUUUCUUCCAAAAACUGUCUCUUCCCACGGCAAGCCUAUGAAAAUUAUUACACUACCAGCUAGUCAAGCAAAAAUGGACUCUAAGCAGACGGUAAUAACAAAGGUAUUGCCUAAUGCAAAUUUUCAACCGCAAACACGUUAUGUUACCAUCAAACCCAACAGUAGUGUACCCGCCUCUGUCAGGAAUAAGGUAAUAUUAGUAUCACCUAACGAACAAAGUGUUAAAUUAAAAAAGAAGCAAGAAAUAAUAUCGCUUCAACCGAUGGCCAAACUGCUUCCAAAAGUAACAUCAGCGGACAGCAAAGUGCCGACCAGCGCAUUGUCGUCUUCACAGAAUAUGAUUUUGAAGUCUACAGCGCCGCCUGCGCAGGUUAGCACGACAGCUGAUUCGUCAAGGACACAAAUUCAUCAAAUAAAUGUUCCGGGAAAAGGGAUUCAAUUUAUUCGACUUGUCACAAAUUCUGGGGCAACUAAGUCAGUCGUGAAACAGCCGCAAAAGAUAAUAACAAUACCAAAGUCAAGUGUAGUCACGGAUAAUAGUAGUAGAGCCGCAGAACUGAAACCGCCAAAACUAGUGAAGAUUGCGCCAUUAAAACACGUACGUUCAUCUCAGAGUUUAUUGGCACCCUUAACUGAACCAGAGAAGGUGCAAUUGGAUGACAAUCUAAUGGAAUCAUUUAUUAAAACCGAGUCGAAGGAAGAAAUAGAAACUCUAAUAGAACAAACCAUGACUGAUGAAGUUAGUGUGGAUUUUAAAUAUUCGAAAAUAGAAGAGGAAAAUAGCAGAGACAGUUCACGAAUGGAACAGGAAUCUCAGGAACACCCCUUAAUAGUGAUACCAUCAAGUUUUGACCAUAAUGUAGAGGUGAAAAGCGAUUUUGAAAAAUCCAUUGACUCGGAAAAUAUAACAGCUGCUCUUAAAGAGGAGAAUGAUUCAGCGAGCACCUAUGAAGAUGCCAACUUUUCUUUCAAUGAACAAGCAAUAGAAACAACGGAUCUAGGGCUGCGACCGCGCAAGGCGUGUAACUGUACUAAAUCGCAAUGUUUAAAAUUGUAUUGUGACUGCUUCGCAAAUGGGGAAUUUUGUAACCAAUGCAAUUGUAAUAACUGCUACAAUAAUUUGGAAAAUGAAGAAUUACGACAAAAGGCUAUCCGGGGUUGCCUCGAUAGAAAUCCACAUGCAUUCAAACCAAAAAUAGGAAAAUCAAAAGUUGGUGGACCAGAGAUCGUGAGACGGCAUACCAAGGGAUGUAAUUGUAAGAGAAGCGGUUGUCUCAAGAACUAUUGUGAAUGUUACGAGGCGCGCAUAGCUUGCACAGCGAUGUGCAAAUGUGUGGGGUGUCGUAACGUGACUGAUUGUAUGGAGCAAGGUCGGUUUGAGCGAGCCGCGAGACCCAAUCACACGUCGCAGUCUGCACAUUUGAAGCAACCCUGCGCGUUCAUGACAAGCGAGGUGAUAGAAGCGGUGUGCCAAUGCCUGGUGGCGGCGGCGGAAGGCGGUGAGCGGGAGCUAGCGAAAGAGGAAGCGGAGGCGGAUCCGCUGCGUGAAGUAAUCGACGAGUUUGCCCGAUGUCUGCAAGAUAUCAUCGCUGCUGCGCAUUCCUCGCCCAUGGCCCAUGAUGAGGUAUAUUGA